GCGGCGCGAUCACGUGACAUGCGCUGGGGUUAGAUCCGCUUAGCGGCUGCGGCUCAUUGUUUCUUCUCGGGAGGUCAGAGGUCACCGGGGCGGUGUGUGACAUCACUCCGGUGCAUGUGCGGAAACAACAUGUCUGUGCCGCUACUUACCGACGCUGUGACCGUGCCCGGAGGGGAUCGCGAGACCGCGGCGGUAAUCUUUUUGCAUGGCCUCGGGGACACCGGACAUGGCUGGGCUGAGUCACUGUCUGCGAUUAAACUGCCUCAUGUCAAAUAUAUAUGUCCACAUGCGCCCCGCAUUCCUGUAACACUGAACAUGAAGAUGGUGAUGCCAGCAUGGUUUGACUUAAUGGGCCUGAGCCCAGAUGCUCCUGAAGAUGAGGCAGGCAUCAAGAAGGCUGCAGAUAGCAUUAAAAGUAUCAUUGAACAUGAAGUGAAGAAUGGAAUUCCAGCCAAUAGGAUUGUCCUAGGAGGAUUUUCCCAGGGAGGGGCCCUGUCUUUGUAUACUGCUCUGACCUGUCAACAGAAACUUGCAGGAAUUGUGGGACUUAGCUGUUGGCUGCCGCUGCACAAGACAUUCCCUCAGGCUGCAUCCGGCGUAAAUAAGGACAUCUCUAUCCUGCAGUGUCAUGGGGAGGCAGAUCCUAUGAUUCCUGUUCGCUUUGGAACUCUCACCUCAGAAAAGCUGAAAUGUCUGGUGACCCCAUCAAAGGUUCAGUUUAAAACAUAUUCUGGAGUCACGCACAGCACCAGUCAAGAGGAAAUGAUGACAGUGAAAGAUUUCUUGGAGAAAGUAAUCCCAAGGGUGUAACUCCCAGAUGGUUCCACUGCAGGAUGAUGCCUCGGCCUCCCCUCCAGUGUUUCUUCCCUGAGCCCGUGUCCUCCUACCCUCUCACUCCCACUCUGCUGGUUUAUGAUAAAAAUAAAGAAAAGUAUUAUCUGUCCUGCCAGAUGUGAUUGGAGCUGUUUAAGGUACAGGGUGGGGGUUGCUGCUCCUACACCCAUUCCAUAAUCCCUGCCCAAAAAAAAAAAGCAGGUUCGUUGCUGCUGCUUUUUCCAAUCCUCGUAGUGUUACAUUUCAUACUGUUGUGCUGUCACAGCAGGAAGCCACCAUAUACCUCAGAGGAGCAUUGAGAUGUGAAUGUACCUUAAACAGUCCGUCCGUUCAGGAGCAGAGCUCAGGCCCAUUACAGCUGGUACUGUGCCCCUAUCUAGGUAUUUUCAGGCUGUCCCAGCUCCUGGCCUUGCAUCCAUGUUCUCUGAGCUCAGCAGAUUGUGUACAUGUAAGGCUCAGCAUGCACUGGGAAAAGAGCAGUGUACUUACGUAAGCAGCAUUACUGUCAUUUUUGUUUUUUUUAUUCACAAUAAAAAGCCUUCUACCCUU